AUGCCCUCCAUUCCAAGCAUCUUAACUAGAAAGGGGCAAGAGUCGAGGACUAUGGCUUGGGGUGCUAUGCAGGGUACUUUUAGUAUCAUGGGAGGGUUACUGAGCUAUGGUCUUGGUCAUAUCACUAAUACGUCAAUUCCUUCGUGGAAAUAUAUUUACCAAGUCAUGAGUGGUUUAUCAUUACUCAUCGGCAUCAUCUGGAUUAUCCUCAUGUCUGAAGGACCACACAACGCAAAAUUUCUCACCGAAGAAGAGCGCGUAGUCUCAGUAAUUCGCGUAGCCUGCAACAUGCAAGGCAUCAAAGGCCACGAAUGGAAGAAUUACCAAGCCUGGCACGUCAUCAAAGAACCCAAAACCUGGUUCCUCGUUGCAUUUGUGUUCUUCUCCAUGUUGCUGAAUGGAGGAUGGACGAAUUUCGGAUCCUUGGUGAUUUCUGGCCUAGGGUUUGGUGCGUUUGAGACUCUGCUUGUCGUACCCGGCACGAAGGGCUUCGAACCAGACAAAGAAAAGUGA